GAUCAGAGCCGCAAACGCUUAGCUGUCAUUGACACAAAAGUUGUUCAAGCUUGCGAGUGUGUAACGAAAUUGUGUGUUAUAACUGUACAUCACUUAAUUAUAAGAAAUUUAGUGUACUUAAUAUCAAUAUCAACUUAAGUUAUACAAAAUGAAUCCCUAUCAAGGUCAGCCACGUUAUCUACACAAUAUCGGAUUUAGCAACACAGCUCCGCAGUCUUUUGGAAACCCGUUGCCGAUGCCAGGCUUCCCUACGAUGGGAUAUCCAGCGCCACAGCCUGGUUAUCCUAACACAGGAUCUGGCUAUCCGCAACAAUCGCAAGGCUAUCCGCAACAAUCUCAAGGAUAUCCGCAACAAACACAAGGGUACCCUCAACAAACUCAAGGAUAUCCUCAAUCGCAAGGUUAUGCACAACCUAGUUCUGGUUACCCAAGUCAAGGAUACCCCCAGCCAAACUCUGCUCAAGGUUAUCCUCCUGCUCAAGGCUAUUCGCCUGCUCAAGGCUAUCCGCCUGCUCAAUCUGCACCAUCACAGCAAGGCUAUCCUCAAAGUUCUAGUUAUCACCAGUCUAAUCAAUAUCAGGGGUAUCCCCAAUCAACCAUCCAAAGUCAUCAAGUCAGUCAGGUUACUUCGAGUCCAGUGCAUGAACCGAAGUCCAAACCAACAGUAGUCCCUGUGAAUCCCUUCGACCCUCGUGAAGAUGCAGCGAUCCUACGAAAGGCUAUGAAAGGCUUCGGUACAGAUGAAAAAUCGAUUAUUCAAGUAUUGACUCGUCGCAGUAACGAACAACGUCUCCGAAUUGCGUUCGAGUUCAAAACUCUGUAUGGAAAGGAACUGGUGUCGGAUUUGAAGAGCGAAACCAGUGGGAAGUUUGAAGACUUGCUUGUGGCUCUUAUGACGCCAUUACCGCAGUUCUACGCCAAGGAGCUCCACGAUGCGACAGCGGGUAUUGGAACUGAUGAGGAUGUGCUCAUUGAGGUGAUGUGCACCAUGUCCAACCACGAGAUUAACGUCAUCAAACAAGCCUACACUGCAAUAUAUGGAACACUUCUCGAGGAUGACUUACGCGGAGAUACAUCAGGAAAUUUCAAGAGGCUUAUGACGUCAUUAUGCAUGGGUAAUAGAUCUGAAGAUUUCCAUGUCGAUCAGGGGAAGGCCCGAGAAGAUGCUAGAAGCCUGUUACAAGCAGGCGAACUUCGUCUCGGCACAGACGAAUCAGUGUUCAACGCGGUGCUGUGUUCCCGUUCAUUCCCACAACUGGCGGCUAUCUUCCAAGAAUACCAAUUCCUUACAGGCCACGACAUAGAUGACGCUAUCAAGGCGGAAUUCUCUGGUGACCUUGAAAAGGCUAUGCGGGCUAUUGUGAAAGUGGUCCGCAACAAGCCGCUAUUCUUCGCUGAACGUCUCCACAAGUCCAUGAAGGGUCUCGGCACUAACGACCGUCAGCUGAUCCGCAUCAUGGUGACCAGAUGUGAGGUCGAUCUCGGAGACAUCGCUGACAUGUUCCAAUCUAAAUAUGGGGAAUCUCUUCAGAGCUGGAUCGAGGGUGAUUGCUCCGGUCACUACAAGAAGUGCCUUCUGGGUCUGCUCGGUCUUUAUUAGACAAGUUGAUUAUAUUCACGCUAUUUUUUUCUUCUUGUCCACAAACGUGUUUUAAAGGCUUGUGUAAUCUCAUUAUACAUCAUUUACAAUUUUAAUGUGUAAGUGAUAGGUUUUAUAUUUGAAUUCUAAAUUUUUAUAUUAUAUAUAAACAUAUACAAGAGUAAGUAUACUAUCCGUAUUAACUCAUUUAACGUCGAAUGAGUUAAACAUAUACUAGUGUUCGUAAAAUAUUGCCACAAUUAUGGCCUGAUAAAGCCUAUACAAAACAUUAUUAUUCAUUUAUAAUACAAAUUAAAUUACGAAUUAUUAUAUAUAUUAUAUUGCUGAAUCGAUUAAUCAAGCCGUCCGAUUGAUCUGUUUUCGAACAUUUUGUAUUUUUUAAGGAUAUUAUUGCGAAAUGGAAAUAUUAUCUCAUGUAUUUAUUUAUAUGAAAACGAAUCAAUUGUUACAUAAAUGCAUUUAUAUAUGCAUUAUCUCAAAAUACAUUGUUUCUAUAACUGUAGUUGUUUUAAAAUAAAAUUUAUACACAAAAUUAUUUGGAAUUAUAAAAAUAUUAAAAUUAGAUUAACAAUAGUAACAUUACAGAAGAAUUAGUUUCUAAUAUUGGAUGCACAUAUAAAAGAACUGUUGAAAGAUAUAUUGUUUAUGAAAAUAUAUUGAAAUGUGCCUUUGUAUACAAAAUACUUUAUAUAUAUGUGUACCACAGCUUAUCUUUAUAACAGUUAUUGGUUUUCACGUGAAGUAUAUUUUCAACGUAUAAAUAUUUAAAAACGCCAUAACACGACUUUUAUAUUUAUUAAAAACAAUAUUGAGAGCCCCAUUUCAAAUAUACGGUUUUUUUCAUAGGCAGAUUUAAUAUUAAGACAUUUAUAAAAUUCUUAAAUAAAAAAUUUCUAUAUACACCAGUAACGUAUUUACUUGAAUUAUAUCAUGAUUCGGUCGUUAACUCGCAGCGCAGAGCAAUCUCGUGAAGGUUUCACACGCGGCACAACUUACGUUCAUGCACGCUCGAAUGCGUGUGCGCUCGUACAUGCGACUCGUAACAUUCGACACUAUAUGAGUCCCUGCGAUGUCGCGGCUCCUAUUAGCGCCUCUGUCAGCUUUUGAUGCUUGUCAUGUUAUUAAUAUUAAUAUUGGCAUUAAAUAACUCUGCGCUGCGCUUCGCAAGGUGUACGGCGGACAAUGUUUGACUUUUUUAUUCAAUAGCAUAUUGUCGAGAGAUUUUAAUUUUACUCUAAAAAUAUUUUCUUAUGAGUUUUUUCAUCAUUUAAAUUUCACUGCAUUUAUUUACAUAGUUCUGGAAUAUUCUUUCACAUUUAAAAAAGUAUUACAGCUUUACAAUAAUUUAAUAAAUUGAUUGAAUUCUCAUUAUUAAUUAUAGCUAGUUAAAAAAAAAAUGUUUUUUAACCCAGCGAUUAUUUAUCAGUUUAUAAUUUCUAUAUAUGUUUUAAAAUUUUGUUUUGAUCUCUGAGAAUUACAAUUCAUCAAUGCAUAACAUUAAUUUUUUUUUAAAAUGCUACGGUUCUGGCAACAUUGAAUCUCAUCCCCACCUUAAUUUUACAACAACAAUUAUUCUUAUUACUAUUAGAAUUAAGAAUAGCUUGUAAUAUAAUUUAGCCACGUCUUUAAACUACAAUUCACUGAAAUUACAUACUUUUAAAUUGACAUUCAUAUAAAUAAUUUAUAAUUAAAUAACAAAUAAUUAUGACAUAAAAUAAAGAAAAUCAUAUUUUCAGUAAUAAAAUAAAUAUAUUUUUCUGAUUAUUAUAAUAAUAUAUGACAAAGAAUAAUUCUAUGUACCACGCACACACGAGGGAGCAGACAGCGAGCGGACAGGCAUAACGGUAUUUAUACCGUCAUGUUUUUUGCCGUCACAGCAUGGGAAUCGGUCUUACCCCUUAAGUGCGCCGUUUGAUGUUUCACAACAAAAAAGUGAAAAGAAAUUAAAUAUUUUGAAAGGACGUGGCUAGAAACGCUUGUAUCGGCUUUGCGGUAAAAUGAAACGAUAGUGCUACUUGAGGCCAACAAAAUACUUUUAUAUAACGUUAUGAAUGGUUAUUUCGGUAUACAAAUAAAACUGUUGUAUUGAUGUGUCUAAUAAAUGUUCUUAUCAA